UUGACCUUUACGGUGCGUCUUCCUCUCCACUUUCAAAAACCCAAGCUCCAUUCCCUUGGUUCAGUCAUUCGAACAGCAACGAACCCAAAGGCCUAUGUGAAAGCUUGCACUGUACCGAUCGGCGGCGUGAUUUUUCUCCCUCUGGUUUUCUCCUCCUCAAUCGAGAAAAGCAAUCAAAAUAUGGCGGCUGCUGCAUCUUCGUCUUCAACGGAAUCCCCCAAAACGACGACGGAGAGGAGAGGAAUUCCGGGAGCUCAGUUCGUAGAAGAUGUAGAGACUUAUCUCUCUCAAACUGCCCUCGAUGUCAACUCCACCCUCGCUUUUCUGCAAGAAAGGCUUCAGCAGUAUAAGUUGGUUGAGAUGAAACUUCUUGCUCAGCAACGAGGUCUUCAGGCAAAAAUUCCUGAUAUUGAGAAAUGCUUGGAUGUGGUUGUCACUUUACAAGCUGAGAAGGGUACUGGCGAGGCUUUUAUUGCUGAUUUUGAAGUCUCUGAAGGAAUAUAUUCCCGGGCACGCAUUGAGGACAACGAUUCAGUUUGUUUAUGGCUGGGAGCAAAUGUCAUGUUGGAAUAUUCAUGCGAAGAGGCCACUUCGCUACUGAAAAAGAAUUCGGAAAACGCUAAAGCAAGUCUGGAAGUUCUUAUAGCUGAUUUGCAGUUCUUGAGGGAUCAAGUGACCAUAACUCAGGUAACUAUCGCACGUGUGUAUAACUGGGAUGUUCAUCAACGUCGAAUCCGUCAAACCGCUACUUCUUCCGCAACCAAGGAUUCAUGAGCUUAGAGAGACCAUUGUUUGAUGUAGUUGGAGGAAAGCAUGCUGCUUCCCCCCGUUUUUUUAUGUUCCGGUCGACAUUUCAUCCAUAUAUUUCUCGAUCGAUCGAGAAAUUCACUCCGUGGUCUCUCCCUAUCUACACUUUCCUCCACUCCUUGGUUUCUUGGUUCAGUGAAGUGAGAAACACAAUUAUGUUGGUGGGAGCUUUCGACAUACGUAACAGCUGUUUUUACUAUGAUAUAGUUGGGGAUUGUGUUUUUAUUUGUAUGUCCAUUUCCUUUUUCCAACUUUGGUCAGUUAUAACAAUUGCAGUAAAGUCUUUGGGUGAAAUUGAGUUUAUU